UAGGAAGAUGUAGUUAGUUCUGUUAGAGACGCCGGGCGGCACGCGCGUCUGCCGGUCACGUGACAAAAAGCACGAGUCUACGACAACGAAUUAUUCAAAUCGGUUUUUUUAUAACCAAUAAAUUAUCAACAUAUAAAAUAUUUCAAUAGUCGUGGAAACAUAGUAAAAGGAUCAAGGGUUGAAGGAGCAUGCAGCGCACGCCGAGCACGUCGGAGCGCACGCCGCUCGUGCAGCCCGCAUACGUGUUCGAGUCCAGCAUAUCACGCAGCUACCAGAAGCGCCUGCGCAACUUUCAAUGCUUCGUCUGCAUUGUCCUAAUUGUGCUGCUAUCUGUGACGCUGCUGGUCACUGUGGGCUACAACCUGGGCUUGGAGACCAGCGCAUUGGAAAAUGAACAGGCCAGCGAUGACAACACGACCCUGCCACCCACACUACUGCCUCUUCUCACAAUGACAUGGCCAUUAUCAGGAAAGCCAUCGGCAGCAUGGAUGAACGAGCAUCCAAGCAGCGAGGCCGUGGCUUCAGCUGUGACCGCUGGACAGGAGGCACUCGCAGCCCGGAGAAAGCUGGAGUCCGUGCUGGUGCCCCUGUCCAUGGACACGCCAGCAGCGCGGGCACAGCGCGCAGCUGCCACCUCCGCCGCCGUCAAGCCGUUAGCAGAGGCCGCAUUUGCUGCCGAACACGCCACCAGGGUCCUUGCCAAUGGUACGGACCCUUCAAUGAGAGAGGGUGGCGUUGGCGUAGGCCUCGCUACCAACGGGUCGUUUGCGGAGCCCGCCUACUGCAGACCUCCUACUGAGCCUUGCGUGAUGUCCAAGUACCGCACACUAGAUGGCACAUGUAACAAUCUCAACAAUCCUCUCACUUGGGGCGUCUCAAAUACACCGUUCAGAAGAGUACUUCCGCCUGAUUACGGAGAUGGGAUCAGUUCCCCUCGCAAGGGUGUGGGCGGCGCGGAGCUGCCGAGUGCUCGCGAUGUGAGUGUGACGGUGCACCGGCCGAGCUACGCACACGACACCACAUUCACGGUGAUGCUGGCGGUGUGGGGACAGUUCGUCGACCAUGACAUCACCGCCACUGCACUCAGCAAGGGUGAGAACAGCAGUGCACUGUCGUGCUGUGCGCCGGACGCCGAGCUGACCCACCCGGAGUGCUUCCCGGUGCGGCUGGACGUGGAGGACCCCUUCUACCAGGACUACAACCUCACCUGCAUGGAGUUCGUCAGGUCCGCACCCGCACCCACCUGCCAUUUUGGUGUAAGACAGCAGUUGAACCAGGCGACAGCGUUCAUCGACGCGUCCACAGUGUACAGCUUCACGGAGUCCAAGGCGACGCAGCUGCGGCUGGGCGUCGCGGGACAACUCAAGAUGCUCAAGAUCGGACCCUGGGAACUGCUGCCUCCCUCCACGGAUCCCAACGACGGCUGCAACACUGUCGAGAUGACUGCAAAGGGACGAUAUUGCUUCGAGUCGGGCGACGACAGAGCGAACGAGAACCUGCACCUGACGACGAUGCACCUGGUGUGGGCGCGACAACACAACCGCGUGGCGAGCUCGCUGGCCACCCUCAACCCCGCCUGGGACGACACCACCCUCUACCACGAGGCGCGCCGCAUCCUCGCCGCCCAGAUGCAGCACAUCACGUACGCAGAGUUCCUGCCCGCUGUGCUCGGUAUGGACGUGAUGUGGGCGCUGAACCUGACCCUGCAGACGGAGGGGUACACCAGCGCAUACGACCCCUCAAUGGACCCCUCCAUCGCCAACCACUUCUCCGCCGCCGCUUUCAGAUUUGCUCACACAUUGCUGCCGGGUCUGAUCCGGAACGUGGACGCGGCGAACGGCACAGUGAACUACGUGCACCUGCACGAGAUGUUGUUCAACCCGUACGCGCUGUACCUCGCCCGCGGCGCCACCUCCUCCGUCUCCUCCGCCAUCAACACGCCCGUCCACAGUGUCGACCCUCACGUCACCACUGAGCUCAGCAACCACUUAUUCGAGCGUCCAUUAGUAGUAAACAUAUCCUCGGUGCCGGUGAAGAAGCCCGGCCCCUGCGGCCUGGACCUCAUCUCGCUGAACAUCCAGCGCGGUCGGGACCACGGCCUGCCCUCCUACCCCGCCUGGAGGGAGCACUGCGGUCUCUCCAGACCGAAGACCUUUGAAGACCUCAACGAGAUAUUCGAUGAAUUGUCACUCAGUCGGAUUUGCAAGAUUUAUAACAAUGUGGACGACAUCGACCUGUACACGGGCGCGCUGGCGGAGCAGCCGCACGGCCGGCUCCUCGGACCUACCCUGACUUGUCUGCUGGCUGACCAGUUCUUAAGGCUCAAGAUCGGCGACCGCUUCUGGUACGAGACCGACGACCCACAAGUCUCCUUCACUAUGGAACAACUGCAAGAAAUUAGGAAAACGACACUCGGAAGUGUUAUCUGCGCGAAUGAAGACUUGCUAGACCAGGCUCAGCCGAGAGUGAUGGAGGCCCCGAGCGCCACCAACCCGCUGGUCGACUGCAAGGAACUACCGCAACCUGACUUCACACCUUGGAAAGUACCUGGACCCGUUUUGCCUGCUCCUAAAAAACCCUCAAAGAAAGACAAAAAAAUAAAACCAAAAAAGUUAUUGUAGUAAGAUAAUUUUAUAAUAAAUUCCUGUUCUUUAUCAGUUACGUAAUUUAUAAAUGUUUUUAUCAUUUUCAUUAUUCCCUAAAGUGCCUUUUUCUAUCUAUACCGAAAUAAAUAAGCUGACUAAACUAGUUAAGUGGAAAUAGACAUUAAAUGAUGCGGGUUGAAAAUGCUACAUAUAAAAUAACCUACAAACUGCCUGUGAUUGUAACAUAAUCGCUAUAAGCCACUCUUGUAUGUACCUAAACCUGUCUCAAGUUGUUACAAAUACAACAGACGUUGAAUUUUGAACCUUCAUAUUUGAGCGCCAUUUAAAAUAUUGAAUAUCCUGUAAAUAUAUCAAUAAAUAAAAGCACGGCUUGUAUUCUAUGGUAAAUUAGCUGCAUUUAAUAUUGUUAAUAAGAUAUUAUUUACACAGAAAAAAAUUUAUACCGAAAUAUCAUUUCUUAAUCUUACCUUUAUUGCAUCAGAUGUUCGUUUUUAUCAUUUUUCAUAUUUCACGAUAGAUUAUAAAUUUUUGUAUUAUUAUAUUUUAUUGAUGUGAAUGCAAUCUGUGCCAAAACAAUAACGUUAUCUAUAAGCGGCUAUUUUUAGCAGCAGCUAAUUUUAAUUAUAAAAUAACGUAAUGCAACUAGUUAUUAUAACGUUUUAAAAUAACAGUUAUUUUAUUUCUGACAGUGAUUUUAAGCGAUUUAAUGUUUUACUUAUUUUUAGAAAUAAUUAUAAUUAUAUUAAAUUUAGAGCCAGUUUGUUUGUGCUGUGAUUUGCUUUGUUACCUUUGUGCAUUUAGAUUAGGAAGAAUUUAUUUGCUGUUUCUUUUGUAGUUGAAAGUUGCUUUUAUAAUGGCUUUUACAAUAGUGUGUUUUGGCUUUAGUUGCAUUUGACAUUUUUUAAUUAAUGUUACAUGAGAUAUAAAUGAAUGUUUUGAAUUUUGUACGCUUUAUUACCUAUAUCUUAGAAUACUUUAUAAAAUAUCUACGCUUACAUUUUCAUUACGAAAUAAAUUAAAAAGUUUG